AUGGGCCGGUGGAAUCAGCGAUCCAACCAGAGGAUCUCCUUGUUAUGCUGCUGUUGGAAGAUCAACAAACCAUCACCGCCGAACAAGAAACUAGCGAUGCUAUUCCUGAACAAGCGAAUCAAUGAAGUGAAUGUUCAACAAAUCAACGACGCUCAACAAGUCUCAGCAGCCCAGGAAGGCGCUGAAGAUUUGCUUGGGGUGCAUCAGGGCGUUGAAACUUCGACUCAACUCAACACCGUGACCGAAACUUUUGGUGCCUCCGCUGCUGCUGCUCAACUGGUUUCUAUUGUUGCUGAUAAUCCGAUGAUUGGAAUUGAAAAAUUCAUAUCAAUUUGGUCUUCUUUGAUGGCUGCUACAUCGUCAAAGUUGAAACGGCGGCGAGAAUCUCCUAUGACAGCCGGCAAACUCCCGAAUAUUACGCCCUUGGAACAGAAUCCCGUUGAUGUACAGUCCACGCCCAAGAUGUGCGGAAUCUCUAGCCAAACUUAUUCAAUUUCAAAUCUCCAAGGUCGUCUAGGUUUGAAUCCGAAACUGACUCCAUCUUUUCCUUCUUCAAGUGUGGAACAAAGCCCCGUUAAAAAGUUAAAUCCGGAAGCCUCAGAAUUUACCAUCUCUCCUCAGCCUCUUUUACAAGUUUUACUGCCCAUUACGGCUGCAAAAUCGUACUUGUCCAAGGAUGAUACAGAAAUCGGGAAGAACACUGAGACUUUUAUUCCAAAUUAUUCGAUUGAAAAAAUAAAUUCCGAAGGUGGACUAAAUCAUGCUUCUGAAGAUGACGACUUUGAUAUGGAAUAUGCAAAGAAACAAGAGUCUUUUUACAGUGAAAUUUCUGCUCCAACGUAUCACAAUCGAUCGAAAAAAGCCAAGGCUAAAAAGACAGUUCAAGUUCGUCGCUCUGCUAGAUUGAACAAGGAUUCAACUUUACUUUAA